AUGUCCUCUCCGGUGUUCGUAAUCGAUAUCGGGGACAGGGAUGAAAUAACAGAUCGUCGUGACUAUGAUGGAACGGACCCUAACUCUAUGAGAGAACUUGAAUCAUACCUCUCCAAUGUGCACCAGGCCUCGAAUUAUGGCCGUCGCUGUCGCAUUAUAUGCGCACAACAUAUCACUUGCCUAAGCAUGGAAGCGUUGGGAAGUGGGCUCUCUUUGGACCCUAAUGUCUUCAGCCAUCAUAUCGGGUCGUCGUUCAAGGACAUUGAGAAAAGCACUGGUAUUGGGAAGCUUUGCAACAAGAAGAUCGAACAGAUCCCUUCAUCUGUGGGCGCCUUUGAGUUUGAGAAAAAUCUACAAAUCCUCAAACGUCACCUGGGAAGACUAUCCAUUGCCAAUGUGGAGCAUGCAAAAGACCUCACAACCCGGGACUCGAUUCUCAAGUCCGUCUACGGCGGCGAAGGUCAUCCUAUCACAUAUUCAGUCGAUGUGCCACGAACAAUAUAUGUGCAAGGAUAUCAAUCUGAGGAUGAUAGGACAGAACCUACCGGAAGACAUCUGCAGGCCAGGGUGUUGGCACUACAGAGCCGAGUGUUGAAUCGUCGCAUUGCUCGGCAGAGAUUUGUUGAUGAUAGCAUGUUUUGCGACCAAGGGGAACGAUAUUCACAAAACGGCCUGGAUAUUCUACAGCACAUUACCAUUCAUGUGAUAAGCGACGGUCUCAACACCAACUCUCGACAAGUUUUGGUUUUAUUUCCACCCUGUCCGGAUCUUGAUGGAGACAAUGCAGACAACGAUCCCUAUGUUUUUCUUGACCCUCUCACCAAGCGAGAGAGUAUCAAAUCAUUCAAAGAAUUCUGUCAGAGUCGAGAUCAGAAGGACCAUGUAUCUGCCGAGAAAUCUACGGUGUCUGGUCAGAAAAUGUCUCAAGAUGUUGAAAUUUUCGCCAAUGAUAUUCUCCUUGAGAAUCAGCCAGGAAAUGAGGUGGCGGAUACUGUCCAUCUUGUACGGUGUUAUGCUCUGAAUGCAUGGUUUGAUCGCCUGCAGACGUUGAGAGACCAGCUUGAAGACCUGAGUCUCCAAAGUUUAUCCCCCCGAGGCACACUUCGCAAUGAAGAUCCACUGGAAUCUGACGAGGAGAGUCACACAGCUGAUGGACUACUUGAUGAAGAGGGGAUGAAAAGUGCUAUUCUUUGCUAUAUCUCUUCACUGGACGGAGAAUGUCAUCGGUUGGAAACUGAUUUGCGUGCGGCACAAGGAGGAUCACACACGAACGCUUUUAAAUCUGUUCACGCACUAAGUCAAAUGAUGAAGAAAUAUACUCACAUACGACUGCAGAUGAGCAAUCUUCUCUCCGAAACCCAGCAUUUACUUGAUAUGAAGACCAGCAAAAUGCAACAAGCUUUGAUAAGUCUUCAAAUCAAAGAAAGCAGAAACUUCAUGGAACAGACACAAAUAGUGAAGAGGUAUGAUAUCAAGCUACCUCGAGGGGACUAG